GCUCGCUCUCCCUCCCUUUGCAUGUGUUCAGCUGCUCCAGCUGUCGGUCUCCCCACUCACUCUCUCAGGGUCAUACAGGCAGGAGUUUAAGGGACCACUUCUGUACGCCAACUCAGCCGGGACGACUGCAGCCAACAGAAGGACACAGCGGUCAGAGGGAGAGGACCUAUCCAAAAAGAUAAAUCUAUACCACCGCUUGGCUGCCUCUCUCAUCUUUAAAGCAGUGCUACCUGUGUGGCAGUGUGUGUGUGUGGCAGUGUGUGUGUGUGCAUGUUUUAUGUGCAUUAGUAUGCAGGGUGCUUGUGUGUCAAUCUUGUGCGUGUGCAUAUGUGUGUCUGUGCUCCUCCACAGUGCUAUUUCACAGCCACCUACAGAAAGUGACAUCUACACGGAAUGCACAGAUGGGUAUCAUUGGGACCAUCAGACUGAGCACUGCAAAGACAUAAACGAGUGUGAGACUAUUCCAGAUGCCUGCAAAGGGGAAAUGAAGUGCUUCAACCACUAUGGAGGUUACCUGUGCCUUCCCCGCUCUGCGUCAGUCAUCCCGGCCCCAGAGCCCCCCAUCACGCCCACCGAAACCAACCCCUGCCCUCUGGGCUACGAGCCGCAGGGAGACACCUGUGUGGAUAUCAAUGAGUGUGAGCGAGAAGAACAUGACUGCCAGCCCAGCCAGGAGUGUAUCAACACAGUGGGUGCCUUCACCUGUCAGUGUCCUGAUGGUUACCGCAAGGUUGGCACAGAGUGCAUUGAUAUCGAUGAGUGCAGGUACAGGUACUGCCAACAUCGCUGUGUUAAUGUCCCCGGGUCCUUCUCCUGUCAGUGUGAACCUGGUUUCCAGCUGGCAGGAAACAACCGAUCUUGCAUCGAUGUGAAUGAAUGUGAUAUGGGUGCCCCUUGCUCUCAGAGGUGUUACAACACGUACGGCACCUUCCUUUGUCGCUGUGACCAGGGCUAUGAACUGGGGCCUGAUGGCUUUGCUUGUAACGACAUUGAUGAGUGCAGCUAUUCCAGUUACCUGUGCCAGUACCAGUGUGUCAACGAACCAGGGAAGUUCUCCUGUGUGUGCCCAGAGGGAUACCAGCUGCAAGGCACCAGACUAUGCCAGGAUAUAAAUGAAUGUGAAACAGGUGAACAUCAGUGUACCGACACACAGACCUGCGUGAAUAUCCACGGACGAUACCAGUGUGUGGACUCAAACCGGUGCCAAGAGCCUUAUGUACAGGUGUCUGAGAAUCGCUGUGUGUGUCCUGUCAACAAGCCCGUCUGUCGAGAUCUGCCUUUCUCCAUCGUCCACCGCUACAUGAGCAUCACCUCGGAGCGCUCUGUACCCUCCGACAUCUUCCAGAUUCAGGCCACCAGCGUCUCUCCGGGGGCAUACAACACCUUCCGCAUCCGCUCUGGAGACGAAAAUGGAGACUUCUACAUCAGGCAAAUCAAUAAUAUCAGCGCCAUGCUGGUGUUGGCCCGUGCUGUGUCGGGGCCCAGAGAGUACACGUUGGACCUGGAGAUGGUGUCAGUUAACCCUCUGCUCAGCUACCAGGGCAACUACCAGACCAGCUCUGCCCUCAGACUCUCCAUCUACGUCGGGCCGUACACCUUUUAAAGUAGGAGAAGAAGAAGAAGAGUGGAGGGACACAGAGAAAGAGGGAGAGAGCAACACAGAUGCAAAAAAGGAAAAUAAAGCUGUAAAACAAAAGUGGUCGAUGCAGUUCAACCAGUCACUGUGAUGUUACUCUUUAGCUUUUUGUAUUUCCAAAGAAAGCCAUACUUUUCUGUCAGCCAUCUGCAAUCAGUACAGUAUACAAAUACAUCAUAGCAGUACUGUCUCACAGAUACAUACAAGCCUUAAAAUAAUUAGCCUAGUUACAGUUGUUCUCUUGGGUUUAAUGUGUCAGUUUCCUUGGAUAUCAUGUUUACUGUCAUUUUUUAUUUAUCACCUAUCUGACAGCAUCAUUCUGUGGUCAACGUGUAAAAAAAGGGAUUUUCUUUUCUUCACAUCUGUUCAGGGGGAUUACAAAUCUGUGUGACAUGUUUUCCAUCUGCCUUCAGGUGGAGUGAUUCACGCCCAGUGGCAGUAGAUUAAUCUGUUUUCACAAGUUUACAUCCUUAUCUUCGGUUCUGCUCUGUUUUGUCACUUUAUUCUUGUCAUCCCUGUUUCCUGUUGACAGACGUGAUUCAGUAACCACUACGAUCAAACCUUAGCAAUCCCACGCUCCUCCUUCACCCUCCACUGUUCAUUCCUAUGUUCAAGCUCUUCAUCACUGCCUUUUGUAGGUUUGUCACAUUGCUGAUUGUGUUGUUUUUUUUUGUCUAAGGUUUAAACCCAAAUAAAACAGUAUACCUUUUC